AUGGAGGUCAUUGUAGUGACAGUUAUUGUUGAGCAUUGUGGCACUCUACAGCUUCUUGAAGAGGGUGAGCAGUAAUGGCAGAUCGUGGUUUUGAAAUCCAAGACCUAUUAGCCUCGACGAAAGUUUACCUUAAUAUUCCACCCUUCAUGAGAAGUAAAGACCAGCUAAAUCCUGAUGAGGAAGAUGAAAUCAGGGAGAUUGCAUCAGUUCGCAUACACGUGGGACGGGCUAAUGAAAGAGUGAAAAACUUUAACAUUCUUAAACAGAUAUUACCAAAUUCUAUGGCUGAAGAUGUUGACAAAAUUUGGAAAGUUUGCUGUUUACUGCCUAAUUUCAAGGGGCCACUGAUAGUAUAG